AUGGCGACCUCCUUGCUCCGCUUAGGGCAACUGGGCCUUCUCAAGGAGACCACGUCCUGGCAGAGGUCAGCAGACCGGGGAUCUAGGACACCGCAGCCGGAACGAGUAGCUCCGGGCGAGUGUCCUGUGCGCUCUGACCCCGACCCGCGGUCUUCUGGUUACCUGCACCGAGGAAAGGUUUGUCUCACAGUCAUGUCUGCUUCUCUGCAGCGUCUCCAGGUGGAGAGCUGGGCCUUCCUGAGGAACUCAGCUGCUCCUCUCUGCACUCAGACUGGAGAACCAGCCAAAAAGACCAAGGCUGCGAGCAAGACAGCAGAGGCUCCAGAUGACAGAGCAGCCCUGCUAGCCUACAAGACUUCUGUUGCCUUCCCUGUUAGAUUUUCACAGCCUGGGCUUUUCCCAGCUCAGUCUGCAGGUGCAGCUGAACCAGUGGCCACUGCACAAACAGAUGCAGCUGCCUCUGCAGCAGCUGUCACUGUGGCCAGUGAAGCAGCUGUAGCUCCAGCUGUCUCCUCACAUCCAGCUUCCAACCCAGAUGUUGCUCAGGUUAUCGCUGACACAUCUCAACCUAUAGCUGACGCAGCAGCCCCUGAGCCCCUGGUUGCUGCAGCCACUGAAACAACAGCACAAGAUGACACUCCAGCUGCAGCCUCAGCCUCAGCCGCAGUCCCACCAACCACAGCCUCCUCUGAGCCUGGUGAUCCAGCAGCUGAUGGAUCCUCCUCCUCAUCAUCCAGCGACUCCGAUUCUGACUCUGACUCUGACUCUGACUCUGAAGAUGAGAAGUCAGAAGUGAAGUCAGACACCAAGACCUCAGUACCAGAUGUGUCAGAAUCCACUGUGAAAGAAGAAGAAGUCCAUGAGGUCACAUCAGAGGUGAAGAAAGAAACUGGUGAAGAUAAGAAGGAAGUUCCACUAGAACAUGAAGCUUCUCUUGCCUCUGGUGCUGAGGCUGCAGAAGAGACUGCUCCAGCAGCAGCAGCUCAAGCUCCCAUGGAGACACCCAGUGUCAGCUCUGAGGAGUUAGUGGACUCAGCCUAUCAAAUUGUGGACACUGCCACAGAAGAAUCUCCAGAGGUCACUGUCACCAGCACCACAGUUUCAGCUGAAGCUGCAGUAAAACCUGCUCCAGAAGUGAUGGAAGACGUUGCAUCUCCUGCUGUCCCUGAUACUCAGGGUGAAACUCCAGCUGAAGAUGUGACUGAGGCUGCAUCUCCAGAAAAAGUCCCAGAUGAUCUUCCUGUUGAAGCUACUGAAGCUGCCCCUGCUGAAGUUGCUGCAGAGCCUGUAGAAGAUGAAGCUGCCCCUGCUGAAGUUGCUGCAGAGCCUGUAGAAGAUGAAGCUGCCCCUGCUGAAGUUGCUGCAGAGACUGCAGCUAAGGUUUCUUCCCCUGUGGAGAGUGCUGAGGAGCUGGUGGACCCCGCUCCAGUCGUAGCUGAAGCUGCAGGAGAGGAGCUGCAGGCGAAGGCUCCAGUUGAACCACCUGAGGAGGCUGCAGCAGCGGCACCUCCAGAGCCCGAGGAGCCAUUUGACAACAGCACCUAUAAAAACUACCAGCACCACAGCUACACCCCCUACACAUUUGCUGACCUGGAUCUAGAGAUGGCCAAGUUUCGUCUCCCUCAGCCCUCCUCUGGCAGACCCUCACCCAGACACUAGAGGAGCUGGCCUAGCUGCAGAUCUUUACAAUGAUUAGAGACCAUGGUGAUGGUGCUGUCCCUCUUUAUGUGUAGUCCUCCCCUCAUCUGUCACAGCACGAAAUUCAGCUGUUGAAAUGUUAUAUUAUUAAAGUACACAAAUAGGAAAUAUA